AUGAAGGUGGGUCAGAUGGGCAAGUUCGGCAAAUACUACAUGCACGAUUGGUAUGCCAGAAAACGAGACACAACAGCGAGCAUUGCUGAAGAGCGCGGUGCUGUCCAAGCUUACGAGGAGGAGCUCAUGCAAGAGGCUUUAGGGCUGAAACCCAAGAAGCUUCUCCUCGCCAAGAAACAGAUGAACGAGGAGGAGCUGAAGGAGUUCUUGAAGUCGAAGAAGGAGGACACUGGCCGUGAGGCUAUGGGCCCGCAGAAGAAGGUCUUGAGGAAUGAGCUGGGCGAAGAGGUUGUUACCAGCAAUGAAGACAUGAUAGCAGAAGCUGUACGCGACGGCACCUUGAAAGGCCUAGGGUUUGCAUCACAUCGUGAUGCCAAGCUGGAGAGAAUAAAAGCCCAAACUAUGGGAACGGAAAGCGAGCUGAAGGGUCUGAAGGAAUUGCCCAAGGCGCUGAUGUGUCCCGGAACGUAA